UAUUAAGCCAAAAGAGUAUACAAUUCGCGUUUAUCGAAGUCGACUCGGGCCGGCAACACCAAGGCCAUGCAUGUAACAGUAAGAACGUUAAAGUGCAGCAUUCCCCACUCCUCCAGCUCCAGUUCUCUUUGCUGGGUCCUUUCACGUGAGCUUCUACAAUCGGAGUAGGAUAUUGGGACGGAUUGCCCGUGAUGACGAACAACAAAGCGAGACGACGAAUACCAGGCGAGCAAACAGAACAUGGACAGGGCAUCAAGUUUGACACACUCUACGACAAUGACUAUGUCGUGGGAAAUAAACUCACGGAUGAGAAGAGAGCAGAACUCAACAAGAAUGCUGCUGAGAUCAACGAAGCUUACUUUGACUUUGUCACCGACGCCUAUCAGAACGGAUGGGGCAACAAAUUCCACUUCAGCGGCUAUCAACCCGAUGAAUCCUGGGCCACAGCCGCAGCCCGUCACGAACACUACCUAGCACUCAUUAUGGAAUUCAAACCCGGUAUGAAGGUUCUCGAUCUAGGUUGUGGUGUCGGUGGUCCCGCACGUGAAAUGGCCAUCUUUGCUGGAGUCUACGUCACUGGCCUCACCAUUAACGACCUACACGUCGAGCGGAGCAACGAGCUGAAUAAGCAAGCGAAUCUGCAUGACCAAGUGCAUAUGGUUAAAGGCACGUUUUCAGACCUUCCAUUCGCCGAUGAGACGUUUGACAUGGUUUUUGCCAUCGAAGCGCUAUGUUGUGCACCGGAUCAGCAUAAAGCAUAUACCGAAGCCUUACGAGUGCUGAAACCUGGGGGUAAGAUCGGUAUCUUGGAUUGGGUCAUAACUGACAAGUACGAUGAUUCUAAUGCAGAACAUCGGAUGAUACGAGGGAGGAUUGAAAGAAAUGGGGCCGUGCCGCACAUGAUCACGCCCAAGACUAGAAUUGCGGCAUUGGUGAAAGCGGGUUUUGAAAUGGUUCGCGAAGAGGAUCGUGCUACUGCUAAGGCUAAUCCGAUACCUUGGUGGCACGCGAUCGAUUACAAACAUUAUCCGACGUGGUACGACUGGAGCUAUUGUGUGUGGAUGACUAGGCCAAUUUACUAUGCUUCUCGGGUGUUUAUCAAUACGCUGUAUUUCCUGGGUCUCAUACCGCAAUACGGUGUGACUGCUUCGUAUACAGUCGGAGAAUGUGUGUACUCAUGCAGAGAUGGUGGGAAAUUGGGCAUCUUCAGCCCGAUGCAUAUGUUCGUGGCUCGUAAGCCUGGGAUAGGAGAGCCUUGAACAAGUUUUCCGGUGUCUGUAGUGACCAAAGACAGCGUAGACAGAAGAGUUGGCCGACUGUCUUAAUUCAAUGUGUCUUUUCGUCUUAGCAAUUGUAUCAGUCUGGGAAAUUGCGAUGCUGUAUGAUGUGAAAAGAGA